GAUUGGCACGAUGGCAGCAUGGUGGCGUACUUCAUCGUUGAACCGCCCCCCCACGCUUAUCAACCAUCAACUGAUGCGCUUCUCUUUUUCUCCCUUCCUCCUCUAUUCCCUAUUCGUACCCUUCUGCAGCAUGGAAUACAAAAAUGAAGGUCACAGCGGUGUCAACCAGCUGGGCGGGAUCUUCGUGGGCGGAAGGCCCCUGCCCGACUCGACCCGCCAGCGCAUCGUGGAGCUUGCGCACGCCGGCGCACGGCCCUGCGACAUCUCGCGCAUCCUGCAGGUCUCCAAUGGUUGCGUCAGCAAAAUACUGGGCCGAUACUACGAGACGGGGAGCAUUCGGCCGCGCGCAAUCGGCGGUUCGAAGCCGCGCGUCGCCACCCCGGAGGUGGUGAGCAAGAUCUCCCAGUUCAAGAACAACUGCCCGAACAUCUUCGCCUGGGAGAUCCGCGAUAAGCUGCUGAACGAGCGUAUCUGCACGCCGGAGAACAUACCGAGCGUUUCGUCCAUCAACCGGGUACUGCGUAAUCUGACCGCCCAGAAGGAGUUCAGCAAAAAGCCACACUCGCAGCAGGACGGGCUGGGUGGUGAGGACGUGAGCAGUUACCAUCUGGCCGGUAACAGCGCUGGCAAGUCGCUGAACGAUUCCGCCUCGUUCAUGCAUUAUGGCGGUGGCAGCAAGUAUCCUGGCGCUACCGAUAGCUGCCGAUCGGCACAACAGCAACACCAGCAGCACCAGCAGCACCAGCACCAGCAGCACCAGCACCAACACCAGCAGCAGAUGCAGAGCACGGAGUCGGUGCUACGGCUCAACGAUACGUACCGAGCGGCAGCGGCUGCCGUGGCCGCGACAGCGACGACCACCGGGGCGGGCUCGGGCGAGUCCGACGUGAAGCCGCUGCCGGACGACCAUCACCAGAAGCAUCCGUUCAUGAAGCACUGCUUCACGAACCUCGAUACGGGCGGGCCGGCCGCCGGGAAGCCGCCCGGGCACGGCGGCUACGUCGACAGCGAUACGGAGCGGCUCAGCCUGAAGCGGAAGCUGCAGCGCAACCGCACCUCCUUCACCGUCGAUCAGAUUGAGUUUCUCGAGAAGGAGUUCGAGCGGACGCACUACCCGGACGUGUUUUCGCGCGAACGGCUGUCUUCCAAAACGAACCUGCCGGAGGCACGCAUACAGGUGUGGUUCUCGAAUCGGCGCGCCAAGUGGAGACGGGAGGAGAAGCAACGUUCGCAGGCCGUAUCGGAGGGCUCUUCGUCGGUGGCGGCAGCAGCGGCGUCGGCGGCAGCGGCCGCCGCGGCCGCCGCUGCAGCAGCCGCAGCCGCCGCUGCCGUCCAGAACGCUUCCAUCUCGUCCUGUUCGCUCAACCUCGGUGCACCGUCGCUCGUGUCGCACGUGUACGACUCGAACAUGUGCGUGGAAGACUCGAACAGCAACUACCUGAGCAAAUCGUACCCGCUGGAACCGUCGUUCCAGAGCCUGGAGGCCCUCAAGUCGCCACCGUCGUCGUCGGGGCCGGCAUCGGCGGCGGCGGCGGCGGCGGCGGCGCCCCCGGUUAACCAUCCCGUGCCCGUGCCCGUGCCGCAGCAGAUCUCGCCCGCGGCCAUGUCGUUCAAGCUGUCGUUCCCGGGCAGCCACGUGAACCACCCGGCAAACGCCGGUGGCCCGUCCGAGGUCGAUGGUGGGCACGGGGGAAACCCGGUGGUGGCCAACAGUGGGGUGAUUGGGGCUGGGCUGGAUGCGGCCACCUCGAACCUGAUGGGCAGCGUCGCGCUCAGCAAUGGCGCUACUAGCUUCUCACAAAUCGUACCUACCUCGGAUGACAAAUCGCUGUACAAUCACUUUGCCUACUCGGCAGCCGCCGCCGCCAACAUGCACCACAGCUACUCGGCCGCCGCGGCGGCCGCCGAUCCGUCCUACAACGGGAUGUACUUGAAGAACCAGCUGUACAACCUGCCGCCCAACGCCAGCUCGGUGCUCAGCUUCCAGUCCACGCUCGAGUGGAACAAAAGUUAAUGGCAGGGGGCCGGGUUCGAGCCGGCACUGCCACCUCCACUACCGACACCUUCCGCAUCAUCAUCAUCAUCAUCAUCAUCAUCAGCAUCUUCCACCAUACAGCACGGUGAUCGAUAUUAGGAGGGGGGCCCGGAAAGGGCGAGGUCGGCACACCCACCAGGGGGGGGGCACGAACACGAGCGCAGCUCUUAUCUCUUUUGACCUAGAUGACUUUAAACGGCGGAUCCAAUCAUUUGGCAGCAAAUGGCAGGGUAGCAAAUGUUACUCGAACACGGAUGGUGCACGGAUGGUAGCGGCGGGGAAGCAAAACGGAGCAAAAAGGGGCCACGGCACACGAGUGCGGGAUGGGUGCGUGCGCCGGGUGCCGGGGUUUUAGGUUGAGGAUGGAGGCAAAUGUGUUUCUUUCUUUCUGUUUUGUUGCGUAUUCACCGAUACCUGGUAACCGGUUAUCGUGUAUUGAUAUACCUGCAGAUGCCCUUAGUGUUAGAGUGCAAGUUAAACGCGAAUGUUACGAGGAUAACACAAGGAUAAUAUCAUUAAACCCAACAACACAAAAAAGAAGCAAAACGCUAGAACAAAAACAAAGCAACAAGAAUAAGUAUCCUUUUCAUAAACUGCGUGUAUUGUGAUGAACUAAAUAACGGCAAAAAGGUGGUUAGAGGGGGGGGAAAGGAUGGAAUAAGAAUGGUUGUUUUCAUGUUUGAGGUAUUUUUAUAAAACGAAAAACUGUAACCGAAUCUGAGAUCAGUAGCAGUAGCAGUAGGCAGGCAGCCUCUUUAAAUCGAUUUAGAGCAAAACAAACAAACAAAGAGAGAGAGGGAGAGAGAGAGAGAGAGAGAGAGGAGAGAGAAGAAAAAUGAAAAAAAAAACACAUAAACAUUGAUCGUUUUUACAAGCGCGAACGCAGAACGGCGCAAGGUGGCGCAGAACGUAAGAUAUAGCACGUUACG